AUGAAAAUGUUUGAUUCAGAUAAAUAUAUUGAAUAUUUAAGAAUGGAUGCAUCAAGAUUUAACGAAUUAUUAAAUUUAAUUAAACCAAAAAUUGAAAAACAACAUGCAGUAAGAAUACCGAUUUCUGCAGCAACUCGUCUACAAAUAUGCUUACGAUAUUUAGCAUCAGGAAAUACAAUGACUUCAAUUUCAUUUGCAUUUAGAGUGGUAGUAAAUACUGUCUCUAAAAUUAUUAGUGAAACAUGUGUAGCUAUUUGGGACGUUUUAAGUGUCCAAGUUUUUGCAAAAAUUAAUAAAAAUGUUUAGAAAAAGAAAGCAGAAUAGUUUGAGACACUAUGGAAUUUUCCACACUGUAUUGGAGCUAUUGAUGGAAAACAUAUUGAACUUCAGGCUCCACCUCAUAGUGGCUCUACGUUUUAUAAUUAUAAAGGCACUCACAGUAUUGUGCUAUUAGCCAUAUCAGACGCUAAUUGUUGUUUCACUAUCGUUGACAUUGGAGCAGAAGGAAGAUGCAGUGAUGGCGGGUCGCCAGUAGUGACAACGAAACCAACGCUUGGCCAAUGCUUCGGCUGCCAACUAACGGCCAAGCAACUGUCAGCCAAUGCUGGGCCAUUACUGGCAAAUGGCUGGCUGUCAAAUGACGGCCAAAGUACCGGCAGCCAGUGCUGGGCCAGCACUGGCAAAUAA